AGGCGGAGGGAUAACAGAGGCCUCACAAAAACUUUUUUUUUCUUCUUUUGUUAAAAACUGAGACAGAGGGAAAAAAAGAUGAGGGGGUGGAGAGGCAGUGUGAAGUCCAUCGGCAGCAGCAGCAGCAGCGGCAUCGCAUAAGAAGAGGAGAAGCAGAUGGGUUCGGAGACGGACGGGAAGGGGUGGAGCAAGGCGGCCAGGGGAGUGGUCAUCAAGGCGUUGCUGGUGGCGGGAGGCGCCCUCCUCCUUCGCCGUCUCACCAAGUCCACCACCCGAUGGGACCACGCCCGCUUCGUCUCUCACUCCCUCUCCGGCGAGAAGUUCUCCAAGGAGCAAGCCGCCAGAGAUCCCGAUAACUACUUCAACAUCAGAUUGCUAACGUGCCCCGCCGCUGAGAUGGUGGACGGCUCGAGGGUCCUCUAUUUCGAACAGGCGUUCUGGAGAACCCCUCAGAAGCCCUUUCGCCAGAGGUUCCUGUUGGUGAAGCCCUGUCCAAAGGAGUUGAAAUGUGAUGUCGAGGUUAGUUCAUUUGCCAUCAGAGACAUGGAAGAGUAUAAGAACUUCUGUGAUCGUCCGAGGGACCAGAGGCCGCAACCCGACGAAGUUAUCGGCGAUGUUGCAGAGCACUUGACCACAAUACAUCUCAAGCGUUGUGAUCGUGGAAAGCGUUGCUUAUAUGAAGGUUCAACUCCACCUGGCGGGUUCCCUAAUUCGUGGAAUGGGGCAGCCUACUGUACUUCUGACCUUGCAAUUUCGAAGAACCAGGAAUUACAAUUUUGGGAAAGGGGAUACGAUGAGGAUGGACAGCAGGUUUGGGGACCCAAGAAUGGUCCGUACGAGUUUAAGCCUGCUCCGGCCUCAAGCUUCAGUGAUGUGUUCUCUCUGAAGUUUCCUCUUCCACAGUCCAUUGAGAAAAGUAUAGAAGGAUCAUUUGUUUUGCGAGAAUGAGUUAAAUGUCCUUGUGUAGUAGUUUGAGAUAGUAUUAAGUUGAAAGGCAAAUAUUGCACAUGCCGCCUCCUAGCUGUCCUCUCGGAAGUUAUUUGGCACAUGCCCUGUAAAAUUGGAAGUCUCUUCAAUAUAUCAGUUGUACAUCCUGGUUGGAUUCAAAAUAGACAAGUUACAAUUGUUAUGCUUAUGGUAAAGAAUUACAAGUUUGCUUAGUUGAUUUCUAUCGCUAGGAGAAGAUGGAUCUCAAGGCACCGAUGCAAUGUGCGUCAACGAAGAACUCGGGCAGUAUGCUUGAGGCAGGAGAGCCACUCUUGGCGGGUUGGUAAUGACUGGAGGAUAAAGACAUACAAAGCGGCGGAAUGAUUCUUGUAGCAGUUUAUUUGACGAAGUAGCGUGCAUCCAAAGAUCAGAAUGAUGCUGGCAGCAGAUACGCUGCAACCUCAUAGGAAUGUUAAGUUUCUUAAGAUAAAUGUAGUGCCUUUUAUCAGAAUAGAAAUGGCUUCCAAUUUGAAGCCACUAAACGUGCUUAGAUUUGUAAGCAAUGAACUUAAGAUGCAUGGAAUGAAAUGUUGAAUCAUUUUAAUGUCCAA